UAGGGCUUUAGCAGUGUAUAAGAGACGAGACGAGACCGGAGAGACAAAGAGGCAAGGAGGAGAAGCCAAUAAUGGCACAUGCCACGUUUACGUCGGAAGGUCAGAAUAUGGAGUCGUUUCGGCUCUUGAGCGGCCACAAAAUCCCAGCCGUUGGACUCGGCACGUGGCGAUCUGGGUCUCAGGCCACCCACGCCGUUGUCACUGCACUCGUCGAGGGUGGCUAUAGGCACAUAGAUACAGCUUGGGAGUAUGGUGAUCAGAGAGAGAUCGGUCAAGGAAUAAAGAGGGCGAUGCACGCUGGCCUUGAAAGGAGGGACCUCUUUGUGACGUCGAAGCUUUGGUGCACUGAGUUAUCUCCUGAGAGAGUGCGUCCUGGUCUGCAAAACACCCUUAAAGAGCUUCAAUUAGAGUACCUUGAUCUAUACUUGAUUCACUGGCCUUUCCGGCUAAGAGAAGGAGCCAGUAAGCCACCAAAGGCAGGAGACGUUCUUGACUUUGACAUGGAAGGAGUUUGGAGAGAAAUGGAGAAUCUUGUCAAGGACAAUCUUGUCAGGACUAUCGGUGUCUGUAACUUUACAGUCACUAAGCUCAAUAAGCUGCUAGGAUUUGCUGAAUUGAUCCCUUCCGUUUGCCAGAUGGAAAUGCAUCCUGGUUGGAGAAACGAUACAAUGCUCGAAUUCUGCAAGAAGAAUGAGAUCCAUGUUACUGCAUAUUCGCCGUUGGGAUCUCAAGAAGGUGGGAGAGAUCUGAUACAUGAUCAGACGGUGGAUAGAAUAGCGAAGAAGCUGAAUAAGACACCGGGACAGGUUCUAGUGAAAUGGGGUUUGCAGAGAGGAACAAGUGUCAUCCCUAAGUCACUGAAUCCAGAGAGGAUCAAAGAGAACAUCAAAGUGUUUGAUUGGGUGAUCCCUGAACAAGACUUCCAAGCUCUCAACAGCAUUACUGACCAGAAACGAGUGAUGGAUGGUGAGGAUAUCUUCGUCAACAAGACCGAAGGUCCAUUCCGUAGUGUGGCUGAUCUAUGGGACCAUGAAGAUUAAUCGAACCCGAGAAUCAAAGUAAAAUCAUGUAAGGUGUUUGUUGUAAAAUAUCGAAUGUACAGUCUCUAAUAAAAGAAAGCAGUCUCU